AAAGAAAAGGGCAAGCCUAUGCACGUACCAACACACGCCAUAAGAAACUGAGAAAAGACAUUCAUAACCCACCAAAAACCAAGUCGCCCCCCCCCCCUCUUUCUUCUUUAAUUUGCAGCGAACAGACCUGGUAAACCAAUUGACAUGCUUUAACUUUGAUCAAGAUCUUGACUUUCUGUUUUUCUACCCAAUUUGUUUUCAAGGGCAGGGCUUGUUUUGUUUAUUUGUUACUGUUUUUUGGAUCGUUGAAUCUUGAGUUUUUCUUUGUUAGUCAUUAUUCCUCGAUCUAUUAAGUUGGUGUUUUUGUUUGCUGUUGUACUAAUAGUGGAUUUAGUCACUGAUCAAGAAGGUUUGACUGUUUUGGGAUUCUUUAUUUGUUGUAUUUUGCUGAAAAACUCUGGUAUUUGCUGUGAUUUGUCGACUAAAGGUCAAUCGUUUUGUAUUUGCAAUUCGACAAAUGUUUUAGAAAAGCAGAUAAUUUCAAGAAUUUUUGUGAUAGUUGGUUGACUUUUGAUUCUAUUUGCUGAUAUUUUUCCAUAAGCUGAUGGUGUUCGAGUUUUCAUAGUGAUCAUAUUGUUAGUAAUUUGAAGUUCAAAUGUUUUUGUUUUAGAAAAGCAGAUAAUUUCAAGAAUUUUUGUGAUAGUUGGUUGACUUUUGAUUCUAUUUGCUGAUAUUUUUCCAUAAGCUGAUGGUGUUCGAGUUUUCAUAGUGAUCAUAUUGUUAGUAAUUUGAAGUUCAAAUCAGUUGUGCUGUGUUGGUAGAGUCCGUAGGACUAGAUCUUGAUGUUGAGAUUAGUGGGGGUGGUUAGAAGUGAUUGAGUGCUGGAUAGAUGGGUAAUACUUGUGUAGGACCGAGCAUUUCCAAGAAUGGUUUUUUCCAAUCUGUAUCCGCUGCAAUGUGGCGGACUCGAUCGCCAGAUGAUUCAAUGUCUCAGACUAAUGGAGAGUCUGUCCAUGAACUUGAGGCAGUAUCUAGAGAAUCUGAACCGCCUUUGCCAGUUCAGAGCAAACCCCCGGAACAGAUGACCAUCCCAAAACCCGAAGCACCAGAGAAAUCGGAAAAAUCAGAUGAGCCUGCAAAGCCUAAGAAGCCCCCUCAAGUGAAAAGGGUGUCUAGUGCUGGGCUUAGAACUGAAUCUGUUUUAAAAACUAAAGCUGGUAAUCUGAAAGAGUUCUUUAGUUUGGGAAAGAAACUAGGACAAGGUCAAUUUGGGACAACAUUUCUAUGCGUGGAGAAAGCGACAAAGAAAGAAUUUGCAUGCAAAUCGAUUGCUAAGAGGAAGUUGUUAACUGAUGAGGAUGUUGAGGAUGUAAGAAGGGAAAUCUCGAUAAUGCACCAUUUGGCUGGCCACCCAAAUGUUAUAUCUAUUAAAGGGGCUUAUGAGGAUGCUGUGGCAGUUCAUGUUGUUAUGGAGAUAUGUGCUGGUGGUGAGCUCUUUGAUAGGAUUAUUAAGCGCGGGCAUUAUACCGAAAGAAAGGCAGCUGAGCUUACUCGAACUAUAGUUGGAGUGGUUGAAGCUUGUCAUUCACUGGGUGUGAUGCAUCGAGACCUUAAACCUGAGAAUUUUCUGUUUGUUAACCAAAAAGAGGACUCACUUCUAAAAACAAUUGACUUCGGUUUGUCAAUAUUCUUCAAGCCAGGAGAGAGAUUUCACGAUGUGGUUGGGAGUCCGUACUAUGUUGCUCCUGAGGUUCUGAAAAAGCGUUAUGGUCCUGAAGCAGAUGUUUGGAGUGCCGGAGUCAUCAUUUACAUUUUGUUAAGUGGAGUUCCUCCCUUUUGGGCUGAGACCGAGCAGGAGAUAUUUGAACAGGUCCUGCAUGGUGAUCUUGACUUUUCAUCAGACCCUUGGCCUAGUAUCUCUGAAAGUGCCAAGGAUUUAGUGAGGAGAAUGCUUGUUCGAGACCCCAGAAGGCGUUUAACGGCACAUGAAGUUCUGUGCCAUCCUUGGGUGCAAGAAGAUGGUGUAGCUCCUGACAAGCCUCUGGAUUCAGCUGUAUUGAGUCGUCUGAAGCAAUUUUCUGCUAUGAAUAAGCUAAAGAAAAUGGCUCUUAGAAUCAUUGCAGAGACCCUAUCUGAAGAAGAAAUAGCUGGCCUAAAGGAGAUGUUCAAGAUGAUAGACUCUGAUGGCAGUGGUCAAAUCACUUUUGAAGAACUCAAGGCUGGAUUGAAAAGAGUUGGAGCUAAUCUUAAGGAAUCUGAAAUUUAUGAUCUGAUGCAAGCAGCUGAUGUAGACAAUAGUGGCACAAUUGAUUAUGGAGAGUUCAUUGCUGCCACGCUUCAUCUAAACAAAAUUGAGAGACAGGAUCAUCUAUUUGCAGCUUUCUCAUACUUUGAUAAGGAUGGAAGUGGCUACAUUACUCCCGAUGAGCUUCAGCAAGCUUGUGAGGAGUUUGGAAUAGAGGAUGUUCGCUUGGAAGAAAUGAUCAAAGAAGUUGAUCAGGACAAUGAUGGACGCAUAGAUUACAACGAAUUUGUAGCCAUGAUGCAAAAGGGAAAUGUAGCAGGUCCAGCAAGGAAGGGCCUGGAGCGUAGUUUCAGCAUUAAUUUUAGAGAAGCUCUCAAACUUUAGUUGCAUAGGCAAUGGCGAGGUUCGGUUUAAUUCUCUCUUCUUUUUUUGAGGGACUACGGUGUAUAGUAAAGAGCAUGGCUGCUCCACUAUGAGAAGCAAGCAGGCCUUCUGUUUACAUGGCAGUGUUUAUUUGGGUUUUCCAUUUCGAUUGGAAUCUACCUUGCAAUCUUUGUAAUAGUUUUGAGGUGGAAAGAGAACUUGUAUGCUCCUUUUGUUACUUCUUCAGAACCCAAAUAUGGUGGCAGAACAUUUUGAUGUCCUUAGAAAUGCAUUAUUUUUUCUGGGUUUUA